AUGGCCACCAUAAACGGCCGCACCUUAUGGCCAGAGUACCUCAUCGAUUUUGCCUGGGCAAUCGCAUUCGGGGUCGUCUUCCAGUACUUCUCCAUUGCUCCGAUGGCAAACGGAUAUGGACCGACGGUUAUAUACCGCGCCCUGAAAGCUGACGUCCUAUCUCUCGUCUUCUUCGAAAUCGGGCUUUUUGGCUGGAUGGCAAUUUUCCAGGUAGCUAUUUUCAACUGGAAGCUGGAAAUGGAUACUGUGACGUACUGGUGGAUGAUGCAGAUCGGAAUGUUUUGUGGCCACUGGACAGCGGUUCCGAUCAACUACUGGUUGAUCAAGACGAACGUGAAAGAACCGUGUGCCUAA